AUGACCCCACAUCCUUCUCCGAUGUCAGGUAUGUCCUCUAACAAUGGUGAGAGUGCAAGAUUCUCGAAUGGUAGCAAUUUUAGUGAUGACGAGGCUGGCAUAUUUAUGACAAUCGACAACGAAAAUGGUACCGAGUUUUUUGCCAUAGAGCCUCCUAGAGCGAUUCUUACCAAUGAUACCUCGGAAAGGGAGAAACAAAUUUCAGUUGAUCCCAUUUCGUUGCAAGGCCCUAGUACCAUUAGGCAAGCUAGCUUUCGCCUUGUUUCUGCUCCUAAUAAGGGUUUAGACCCGAGUGCUCCUCCGAAGCUUAAGUUUGUCAGUACGAGCCUUCCAAGCUCUACUUCCUCGUCCCCUGAGAGUUUAUCCAAGAAGAUUCACAAGAAAUUACAUGAGCAACAUGCUGGGGUUGUUCCUCGAAACAACCUUGUGAAAAUGCAAUCAAUGAUGGAUGACGCUUAUCUUGCUAUGGUGGAGGCUAAUACCCAAAAGAGCAAGUCUUUUGGGGAUGGGAGAACAAGUGGUGUAGUCGAUGACUUUGAGCUUUGGCUCGAGAAAUCGAGCCAAAGCUCAAAAAGUGAUCAACGUAGUAGUUAUAGUAAUAAAAUUGGUGGCUUUUCUAAGCCGCCACUUGGUCCUGGAAAUAUGGAUCGUCAUAGUAGUACGAUAAAAAAGAGUAAAAGUAGAGAGUCAAACUGUCCAGAAGACGGAUUUAAAUGUGGAAAGUUGUGUCUUUUCCUUCCUAGGGGGAAGGGGAAGCCGGUAAGAUCGAUUUCAUCCACGUCAACUAUGACACAAGUGUCAUGUAAGACGAAUCCAUUGGCAAUAUCAAGAAGAGUGUCGUUGGAGAAGUUUGAGUGUGGAUCAUGGGCUUCCUCGUUAGAGAACGAGGAGGGAGAGUCGACAAACCUGUUUUAUGAUUUGCCGAUGGAGCUGCUUAGAUGUAGUGUGAGUGAUAUGCAGUCUCCAGUAACAGCUGCCUUUGUGUUUGAUAAUGAUGGUGACAAUGAUAAGAAUGAAAAAGAGAAUGACAAUGAUAUUGAAAUGGACCUUCAUGCUUUCCUAGAAGCACAAAGUUAA